UCAAUACAAAAAAAGAAAAACAAAGACUAGUACAAGAAAUAAAUGCAAGGCAGUAGUGGGGGAGCGCGCAAAGUCCGCAUGCGCUUCUAUUCUCUCGCUUCUCCCUCGCUUCUGAGCCUCUCAGUGGUCCGGGUGAACACAUGCUGGUCGCUAACCAAGGAGGUGUCGGCCAAGGAUCAGAGACCUUAAUGAGAUCAUCGAGGGUGACUUAGUUACCGCUCGGAGGAGAAGGAUGUGCCCAAGCGAGAAUCCGUCGAGCUUCCAGCCACUGCAGAACAGACUGUUCGACAGGGAGGCAGGCAGCGAUGUCACCUUCCUCGUCGGCCACGGUCAAGACAUGUGGCGAUUUCCCGGUCACAGGAGUGUCUUGUCAGAGGCGAACCCAGUUUUUAAAGCGAUGCUGAAUUUCCACGCAUCAUCGCCGGAAGGAGUGAUCCCUAUCGGUGACGUAGAAGGGAAAGCUUUCGAUUUGUUGCUGAGGUAUUUGUAUAAGGAAGACGUUCAUAUACAGAGCGUGUCGACGGCUUUGUCGACGCUCUAUGCUGCGCAGAAGUACCUGUGCCCCGGUCUUAUGAGGCACUGCAUCUGCUACCUGGACCAGUCGCUGGACGUGAACAACGCUCUCCUCAUAUUCGUCCACAUACGUUUUUACACGGGCCAGUCUAAGAAGGCGAGCGCGCCUCCGAUGGAGCACCUCGACCUGCCCCCGGACCAGGACUUCGAAGACAUGGCGACCCUGUGCAAGUCCCUCUUGCACAACUGCCUCCUUUUCAUCGACAACAACGCCGCACAGAUACUCGUACAGGAAGGGCUCGAGGACCUUCCGAAAGACUCCCUGUGGGAGAUCGUCGAAAGGGACACCCUCAACGCUCCGGAGCACAUCAUCUAUGCCGCCAUUGAAAGAUGGUCGAGUUUAGAAUGCAAAAGGUUAUGUCAGGAACUGUCGCCGGACAACUUGAGAUCGAUACUCGGCGAUGAAAUACUCUUCUCCGUUAGAUAUUUACUGAUGACCCAGAGGGAAUUUUUCGAAGGGCCGAUGCGAGGGAACCUCUUGACCAAGGCCGAAGUGACCGCCCUCUUCGAACACCUUCACAAAAUGCCGGUCACCUUUGUCCCAGGUACUACCAUCACGGAGGAAAGGCUGAAAAAGUUCCGGGAAAAACGCCGCCCUUCGAGAGUGUCGAGGAUCCAACUGGGAAAAAAGCAAUCGGAGGACAAGAAAAAGUGGAAAGAGGUCAAGAAGAAGAAAAAAAAGAACGACAAAGAGAGCUCGUCGAAAACGUGCACCGGAACUUGCGUUUUCGACUAUUUCUUCCGAGCUCUGGCCUGCAUAUUAGACUAAAAUCGAAUCACGUAGUUCGGGACAAUUUUUGAACCCUAGAACGGCCAAAAACUCUUCCCCGACCAAAAAAGAACACCAAACCCUAGGGGGUCUAAUGUCUUUAGCAAACCGUCUCGAGAGACUUUAAAAGAGCUUUAGUUACAAAAUACCUUUUAUCUAUUGGGGAAAAAAAGAUGUUUAAACAAAAAUUCAUACUAUAAAAGUAAAUAUUUUCUAGAAGAUGUUAUCGCAUGUUCACGUUAUAUUUUGUAAAAGAUUUAUCGGAAAAACAAUCCGAAUUUUGUUUUUUUAUUCAGAUCAGCCCGGUACAUAAAACAAGUACCAAGGUUGGAUUUUCACAGAAAAUCCCAGUACUUCCUUAAACGGCAGACGCCAAGCUUCUGCCAGAAAGAAAAAUAAAUUCUAUAUUAAAAUUUUAUUUGGUUUAAAAACCAUGUUGUUCGAAUUAUAUAUUCUAAAAAAAAGAACAGUGCAGGACACUUAUUUAUUUUAUAAAAAAUUUAAAAAAUUUAUUUUCAGGUUAUUAAUUGACCCCGGUGAUUGAACAAAAAAUCGCUUUAUCGAAUAAAAAGAAUAACAUGUAAAUAAGGUCUAGUCAUAUUUUAUAGAUUUUUUUUUUUAUAAUUUAAUGUUAAAACGCUUAUUGGAAUAGUGAUAUCGCCUUAUGUGAAUUUAAUAAAUGUCAUUUUAUUUAAAUAAUUGUUGAUUUAUGAAAGCCGAUGUGGACUAACUCCUGUGGUUUGUAGGUUUAAAGAAAUGUUUAAUAAAUAUUUUUUAUGUUU